CCGUCCGGGUUCAGCUGUUCCGCGAGCCCGGGACGCGGGCUUCAGGCAUGGGGUUAGCCGGCCUGGCGCGGCUGCAUGGGCUCUUCGCCGCCUACAAGCCCCCGGGGCUAAAGUGGAAGCAUCUGCGCGAUACCGUGGAGCUGCAGCUUUUGAAAGGUCUCAAUGCUGGGAAGCGUCCUGCCUCUGAACAUCGUGUUCGCUUCCUGCUGGGCCCCCUGGAAGGCAGUGAAGAGAAGGAACUGACCCUCACAGCCACCAGCGUGCCCACCCUCAUCGACCAUCCGCUGGUACGUGGACCAGCAUUCACCAGCCUGAAGAUCGGCAUGGGGCACCGGCUGGAUGCCCAGUCGUCUGGGGUGCUUGUGCUCGGCGUGGGACGCGGACGAAGGCUCCUCACCGACAUGUACAACGCUCACCUCACCAAGGAUUACACAGUACACGGCCUCCUGGGCAAAGCCACAGACGACUUCUGCGAGGACGGGCGGCUGGUGGAGAAGACGACGUAUGACCACGUGACCAGAGAGAAGCUGGAGCGAAUCCUGGCCCUGAUCCAAGGUUCCCAUCAGAAGGCUCUGGUGAUGUACUCCAACGUUGACCUACAGACCCAGGAGGCCUAUGAUAUGGCCGUGAGCGGCGUGAUCCGGCCCAUGAACAAGUCCCCGAUGCUGAUAACUGGAAUCCGAUGCCUCCAGUUUGCGCCUCCAGAAUUCCUCUUAGGACGUGAUGAAAAUGGCCCUUCACCUCUAGUCUUCCUCCCAACACACCAUAACCCCAAUAUAAUCCUGAGAAGUACAUCAGACAAAUGCCGGUAGCGGGGCCCCCUACAAAAUACCUGAGCCGUCCUCAGAACUGUCAAGGUCAUCAGAAGCAGCGAAGUCUUAGAAACCACCAGAGUCAAGAGGAGCCUGAAGAGACUUGACAACUGAAUGUACUAUGGGAUCCUGGAACAGAAAAAAAGGACGAUAGGUUAAAAAAAUGAAAUCGAAAUAUUCUCUGGAGCCUAGUUAAGAAUAUAUCAGUAUCGGUUGGUUCAUUAAUUGUAACAAAUGUAUCACACGAAUCUGUUAAUAAUACGAUAAUAUGGGAAACUUGGUGCUGAGUAUGUGAGAAUUCUCUGUACUGUCAUCUCGAUUUUUCUGCAAUCUGCUCUAAAAAGACAGUCUACUGGGGAAAAGAAAAAAGAUCACCUGGAGAGAUCUUUGAGAAUCCAGUUUCUAGCCCCAACCCUCGGAUUCUGACUCAGUAAGUCUGGAGUGGGGCCCAGAAAUUUGCAUUUCAGCAAGUCCCCAAGGAAUCUGAUACCAGGGCUUUAAAUAACUGGGCCCUCCAGAGGCCAAUUAGGUGUUGUCAUUCCCUUCGGGUCUUUUUUUUCUGUUUGCUUAAGAUUUCAUUUUUUAAAAAUUUAUUCUUGGCUGCGUUUGGGUCUUCGUUGCUGCAUGUGGGCUUUCUCUAGUUGCGGUGAGCGGGGGCUACUCUUCGUUGUGGAACGCGGGCUCCUCAUUGCGGUGGCUUCUCUUGUUGACGGAGCGUGGGCUCUAGGCGCGUGGGCUUCAGUAGUUGUGGCACGCGGGCUCAGUAGUUAUGGCUCUCGGGGUCUAGAGCGCAGGCUCAGUAGUUGUGGCGCACGGGCUUCGUUGCUCCGCGGCAUGUGGGAUCUUCCCGGGCCAGGGCUUGAACCCGUGUGCCCUGCAUUGGCAGGCGGAUUCUCAUCCACUGCGCCACCAGGGAAGCCCCCCUUCUGGUCUUCAAGAACAACUCUGAUGGCUAUUUGAGAGGCCAUUUAAGAAGAGCAAACAGCCAUGAGUGGUGAGGCACGGUGCAUUUGUUUACUAGCGCUGCCCUAACAAAGUGCCUCAAACUGAGGGCCUUAUACAAUGGGAAUGUAUUGACUCACAGCUCUGGAGGCUAGAAGUCUGAGGCUGUGAGAGAGAAUCUGUUCCAUGCCUCUCCUAGCUUCUCUGGUGCUUUGCCAGCAGUCUUUGGCAUUCCUUGGCUUAUAGAAGCACCACCCCAAUCUCUGCAUUCAUGUUCACGUGGCAUUCUCCCUGUGUGCAUGCCUGUGUCCAAAUUUCCCUCUUAUAAGGACACGAGUCAGAUUGUGGACCCACCCUAUUCAAUAUUACUUCAUCUUGACUAAUUAUAACUGCAGAGACCAUAAAUAGAUCCAAAUAAGGUCACAUUCCGCGGUACUAGGGAUUAAGACUUUGACAUGAGAGUUUGUCAGGGGCAUAUGGCUCAACCCAUAACAGGUGGUGAAACAUUCACCUGGGCUGCCCAGUGCUCCUCGGCGCACUACUGUCCUAUAACCGGAAAACUCCCCCGAGUUCAGGGCAGGCCCCUUCCUCCCCUCCACUGCCUCUGCUACGCCCGCAGCGUUGGCCCCUCCACACCUGCUGCAGGUUGACUGGGGCAUGUGUGAUGCUGUGGUUGAUAAACGCUCCCGUAGGAACCCCUCCAUGGGAGCGUUAGGGGCUAGGGCUGCUCACCGCUUUCUGCACUGCCAGCCCGUGGAAGGGGGGAGGGUGUAGGACCCCAGAGGGUCUAGAAGGUGGCUACCCGGGUCAAGGAAUCCAGCUGUCCCUUCCAGAUCCUCUGCAAGCAGCUCCUCUUCCAUUGUCCAAAUAAGAAUUUAAACUUUGUAUUUGAUUGCACUGUAUGUAUGUAAGAAGUGUAUCUGAAUUUCAUUCUGCAAUCUACAAAGUUUGGGUUGGUCUUCGAUUAUAAAGCUAAAUGUCAGGAGUCCAUUGAGAGAUGGGCUUUGUCUACUUCACUCACCUGAGCCCUGCCAUGGGUUUCUAGGACAGGAUGUGUCUUAGGGUUCUUCAGAGAAACAGAACCAGUAGGAUGUGUAUGAUAUAGAUUUAUUUUAAGGAAUUGGUUCAUGUGAUUGUAGAGAUUGGCAGGUUCAAGAUCUGCCAAUCUGGGGUAGGGCAAUCUGCUGGGUAGGGCAGCUGGCUA